UUGUUGGAUAUCUGUCUUAAAUGAAAUGGGGUGUGUGUAUUUUAUUUUUGUAUGGAGCUUAAUUAUGAUGGUGCUUGAGGAAAUGUUUCAAUGAUAAGGGCGUGUUUGUUCUCUUUUUUAUGUUGGCAUAGUUUCUGUCUGGCUGUAAUUGUACUGACCGGAUGCUUGGUAUUAUUUUGAAUGUUCAAUGGGUAACGUUUGUUUGUUGGAUGGAAUUAAGUCCUUUUGCUUUUGUUAUGCUUCAAUGCUACAAUCAAGGUUUAAGCAUACCUUUCUCUCUCUGUAUGUGUGUGUGAGGGGUGGUCAUUGCUAAUAUAAAAAAUUUGGCGAAAGUAAUUCUGUUUAAUUUUGUUGCUUUUGUUGGUAAGGAUGGUAUUUUAUAUAGCCUUAAGGCGUUGAUUAUCAAUUUAAAAGACUUUUUUUAGUGGCAAAGAAUUUUGGAGUCCUAAAUUCCUAAUACUUUUCAGUUUGUUGGAAAUGAUACAAUGGAUUGAUAUGUUUGAGGAUGGGGUGCAGUCUUAAUCUAUUGUUCAUUUGGAAGAGGAUGAGCAUUUUCAUCUGGUUUUUAGUGCAGGUCUGUGAAGGCAUUUACUUACGAGACCUUAAACAAUAUUGUGAGGCUAAUCAAUGGAGUAUCUGCCCUUCUGUUGGCAUUUCUACCUGGCAAAGCUAAUAUACUUGAAGGUAUUCAUGGUUGGGAACUCAGGCCAACUUUCCGUGGACCACGUUUUCCCCGUUGGAUGGAGAAGUUGUUUCUUGUGUCAUUUACUAAGUGGUUGCAUCUAUUGAUGGUCAUUUAUUAAUGAUGCACCUCUGCAUGCUUUCACCCCUUUACAUCCACAUGAUUCUGGUGUAGUGCUCUGUUCAUCUGCCUGUUAUGAAGGUUGCAGCCUACCACACAUGGUUACUUUAAAAAGAAGGAAAGAAUGCAAGCAUAAAGGAACUGUAUUAUGGUGUGUCCUCUUUCAACCAGUUCAUCCAUGAACUUUCUGUGGAUUCUGAUAAUUCAAGCCCUGAAUACUCAUCUGGAGAAGAAGACACUGAUACAUAUACUGAUGAAUAUGAAUACCCUCCAUCUCCUGCGCCUCAGAGUUCUAGAACCGCAGAAGGUGGUUUUACCAAAUACAGUAGGCAUAAGAUGGAUUGGAUCCAGUAUAUCUUACUUUGGAUUUUGUUUCCUGUAAAGUUAUUGCUGCGCAUUCCAUUUCUUCUUUUCCACUUAGCUUAUUCUAGGGUGUCAAAAGCCAUGUCUACCUCUGGAAAUAAGCGCCCAUCACAUUUACAUGCACAUAAGAGGAUGCAAAGCCUCAAGGAUCAUAUUAUCCACCGUGCUACUGAUAGGAGACGUGGAGUUGUAGAGGAUCUUCAUCUAGGCACAGAGUUAUGUAUAGAAGCUGUCUUUGAUGUUGUUCACAAGGCAGCACAUCUUCUUCUUUCCCCAUCAAAAGCUUUUGGGACAUUAUUCAGGUUGUUUUCAUCUCAUGAAAGUGGUGUUAAAGAAGAUUGUGACGGUGUAGAGAAUGUUUCCAUUUCUACUGCUACACUAGGAGAGAAUGACCCAAAACCUACAGAGAGGAAUAUCAAGUAUCAGCCUUUGAAUACAGAUGCCCGGACAUGUCAGGAUGUCAUAACAGAUCUUGGGUAUCCAUACGAAGCCAUUCAUGUGAUAACUGCCGAUGGAUAUAUUCUUCUUUUGGAAAGAAUACCUAGGCGAGAUUCAAGGAAAGCUGUUUAUCUUCAGCAUGGCGUUUUGGAUUCAUCAAUGGGUUGGGUAUCUAAUGGUAUUGUUGGCUCUCCUGCUUUUGCAGCCUAUGACCAAGGAUAUGAUGUAUUUCUAGGGAAUUUCCGAGGUUUGGUUUCUCGGGAACAUGUCAACAAGAACAUAUCAUCACGUCAAUAUUGGAGGUACUCCAUCAAUGAGCAUGGGACAAAGGAUAUUCCUGCUAUGAUAGAGAAAAUCCAUGAAGUAAAAACGGCUGAAUUGAGUCUUAGUAAACCUGAUAUUGAGGAGGAAACUAUUGAUGAUCAGCCUUACAAGCUUUGUGCAAUUUGCCAUAGUUUGGGAGGAGCUGCUAUGAUGAUGUAUGUUAUUACACAAAGGAUAGAAGGGAAGCCCCAUAGACUUUCAAGAUUGAUUUUACUAUCGCCGGCUGGUUUUCAUGAUGACUCUAACAUGGUAUUUUCUGCGGCGGACCUACUAUUAGUUAUACUGGCUCCUGUUUUGUCUCUUCUUGUGCCUGCAUUCUAUAUACCAACCAGAUUUUUUCGUAUGCUUGUCAAUAAGCUAGCUCGGGAUCUGCAUAACCUACCUGCAGUUGGAGGACUGGUUCAAACUUUAAUGAGUUAUGUUGUUGGUGGAGACAGCUCAAAUUGGGUGGGAGUUUUAGGAUUACCACACUACAACAUGAAUGACAUGCCAGGAGUAUCUUUCCGUGUUGCUCUCCAUCUUGCGCAGAUGAAGCGUACUGCAAGAUUUAGAAUGUUUGAUUAUGGGAGUGCAUCUGCUAACAUGGAGGUGUAUGGUUCAACUGUGCCUUUGGACUUGGGUGAGCACUAUGGACUCAUUGACAUUCCUGUUGAUCUUGUUGCUGGACAGAAGGACAAGGUGAUAAGGCCUUCAAUGGUAAAACGGCACUAUAAAUUGAUGAAGGGUGCUGGGGUAGAUGUUUCAUAUAAUGAGUUUGAAUAUGCGCAUUUGGACUUCACCUUCUCCCACCGUGAAGAACUCUUGUCAUAUGUUAUGUCUCGUUUGCUGACUGUGGAUCCUAAUCCAAAGCAUCAUUUGAAUGAAAAGGCUGUUGUGAGGCCAAAGAAGAAAGGACAAGUUGCAGCUAGCGGGUAGAUUAUACAAAACAACUUAUAGACAGUUCAUAUUCCUUUGUGAAGUACUUUUGCCACUUCUUUCGAGAGUUUAUGUAGUACCUGCAUGUUCGAAUAUAGAGCUUCUCUGUAUACUAGGAGUCCUCUUUUCCUACAAAUCUUUGUUUUACGUUUGGAGGAAAAUAGUACUUGAAAAUAUAUUGCAAAUGUACAUUGUAAAAUAGUGUUCUGAUCAUCAAAACAGAACAAAGGCAUUAGUCUAGAUUAAUAUUGUAUCAUGUAUGCUUUCAGUCCACUAGUGUUUAUUCUUGACAAUUUGAUGUUGUCAAUGGAUUUCCUCAGGCCAGUGAUUGUAUUGAUACUUAAAAACAUGUCACUCUCCCUCUCUCUCACAGACAAAUAGUCGCAGUUUACUUUACCAUAAUGAAUGUGAG